GACCGCUCGCUUUUCCUCUCUUGCCAGGCGCGGAGGAAGGGCAGCGAGGAGUCGCAGCAGGGCUGGGCAGCCCGCGGAGGCCGCGCACCAUGGCGGACGAUGAGAAGGCCGGCGGGGGUUACGCGGGAGGCUGCGAGAGCGCGCACUGCAACGUGCUGAGCUGGGAGCAAGUGCAGCGGCUGGAUCGCAUCCUCAGCGAGACCAUCCCCAUCCACGGCCGCGGCAACUUCCCCACGCUGGCCAUGCAGCCCCGGCAGAUCGUCAAAGUGGUGCGGAGCCGGCUGGAGGAGAAGGGCAUCGGGCUGCGGGACGUGCGGCUCAACGGCUCGGCCGCCAGCCACGUCCUGCACCAAGACAGCGGCCUGGGCUACAAGGACUUGGACCUCAUCUUCUGCGCCGACCUCAAAGGGGAAGCCGAGUUUCAGACUGUGAAGGACGUGGUCUUGGACUGCCUCUUGGAUUUCUUGCCCGAGGGGGUGAAUAAAGAGAAGAUCACGCCGCUCACCCUCAAGGAAGCUUACGUGCAGAAAAUGGUCAAAGUAUGCAAUGAUUCUGACCGGUGGAGUCUCAUCUCCUUGUCCAACAACAGCGGCAAGAAUGUGGAGCUGAAGUUCGUGGACUCUCUGAGGCGGCAGUUUGAAUUCAGCGUUGAUUCCUUCCAAAUCAAGCUGGACUCCCUGCUGCUUUUUUAUGAAUGCUCAGAGAAUCCAAUGACUGAGACAUUUCACCCGACCAUCAUCGGUGAGAGCGUCUAUGGGGAUUUCCAAGAAGCUUUUGAUCACCUCUGCAACAAGAUCAUUGCUACCAGAAACCCCGAAGAGAUCAGAGGAGGCGGUUUGCUGAAGUACUGCAACCUUUUGGUAAGGGGCUUUAGGGCUGCCUCUGAAUCCGAGAUUAAGUCCCUGCAGAGAUACAUGUGCUCGAGGUUUUUCAUUGACUUCUCAGACAUUGGAGAACAGCAGAGAAAGCUGGAGUCCUACUUGCAGAACCACUUUGUGGGAUUAGAGGACCGCAAGUAUGACUAUCUCAUGACCCUUCAUGGUGUGGUGAACGAGAGCACAGUGUGCCUGAUGGGACAUGAGAGGAGACAGACGCUGAAUCUGAUCACCAUGCUGGCCAUCCGGGUCCUAGCCGAGCAGAAUAUCAUCCCCAAUGUGGCCAAUGUCACCUGUUAUUACCAGCCAGCCCCAUACGUAGCAGAUGCCAACUUCAGCAAUUACUAUAUUGCCCAGGUGCAGACGGUGUUCCCAUGCCAGCAGCACACGUACUCUACCUGGCUGCCCUGUAAUUAAGGAUCAAAAUUAUAGACCUGGUGGGGAGAACCUUUUCUAAUGCGUAGAAAGGGGCAAUGCGCCCCUUUGAAAUGGGGUAUUUCGUGCAAUGAUGAUCUGCUCUGGUUUCAAGCUUGGUGAAAGCUUGUGGUUCUUCUAAUAAACAAUGGGAGCAUGAUCUAGAAAGAACCCCAAAAUAAUUGGAUCCUACCCAGAGCACAAGAGGCCUGUCAUUAAAAGCAACCAGCUUCCCCUGAGAUAAGUGAGGGAGGAAUGCUUGAUGACAAUAUGGGUUGGCAGUAUCUGCUCCCAUAGCUUUGGCAUAGAGAAGAUGGGAAAGCCUUAUUUCUUUUGUUUUUAUUCUUACUCUAGAAUGGGAUCUGCAAAAGGGAGAAUAUGAAAGAAACAAAAAAACCAACAAAAAAAAAAACUCAAAAAACAAUUAUAUAUAUAUUCAGGAAUUAAAAGUAGAGGCAUAAAGCAGAGAUAAGCUGAAUUAAAAUGUAUAUUGGAAUUACUGCAUUUGGGGCUUGCAGCAAGUGCCGUCUAUGGAUUGACAGUGUAGAAUGUAUAGCUUGCUUGAAUAGAGAAUGCUUUAUCAGAAACAGCUUGCUCCAAAUGAACAGUAGUAGAUUGGUACAGUUAGAAAAACGGAAACACGUAUGAUGGCAAAGUCCAUUAUUUCCAGCUGUGUGUGCGUGCCUCCCAUUUUUAAAAUGUGAGAAUGCAGGGAGAACAGCUAUGGCAAACUAAGUAUGCUCAAGGACCAAAGAUUUCACAAAUAAGUUAUCUGAGCAAAGAAGACACAGUAGAGUAUAUAUAUAUAAAUAUAAAUAUAUAUAUAAAACAAAAAAAAGAAGUUGCUAUAUUUGUACACACCAAUAGUAAUCAAAAGUGCCUGAUGCCUUCAUAAAAUUUGAAGUGAGAAAAAUCUAGUUUUGUGAUUUAACCAUGCAUUUUGUUUUAUCAGGGACACAAGGAUUAAAAAGCAAAACAACCAUAAGCUUGUGAAUAAGUGGUGGAGGAAAUGCCCUAUUUUUUUUCUUGGCAAAUACUUGUGUAGAGUAAAUGUUAUGUCGGUGUGCUAUUAUCCUAGGUACGUGUGUGUAUGUGUGUAUAUAUGUUUGUGUGUGUAUAUAUGUACAUGUUAUAUGUGUAUAUCUAUAUAUAUACACACACAAUAUAUAUUAAUGUGGUCUAGGAAAAUGUAGCAAUUAAGGAAUGUUUAAAUAAAGUACUAUGUGUUUUCCAGUUUGCAACAGGAUGUCAUAGGACAGUGGGCACUUUGCAGUGAAUUUUUUAACCCACACCUGAGAAAUUUGGAGUAAAUGAACCAGUCAGGAUUAAGGUGGGAUUCGGAUAAUGUCUUUGGUUGCAAGAACAAGGAUUACAGUAAUUCAGUGGAUUGCUUGUGAGCCAUAAUAAUUCCACAAACAGAGAAACAUAUGACUAGCUGUUUUUUUUUUUUAAACUAUUUUGUACUGUAAUGCCAUUUUGACAUUUAACCCACUAAUGUUGUGACUGCAUACCUCCAUUAUGUGUAAUUCAGUGGAACGUGGAUCAAAGAUAGGUUUAUUUAAACCCCCUGACAGCUAAAGGAUAUUGUAUUAGUUGGAGAUUUGAACACUAAUUGUUAAUAUUUAAAGGAGUAUUUUAAUAGAAUGCGUGAUGCAUUCCAGGACCACUAGAAUUUAGUAAAUGUGAAAUGAACCCUUUUUAAGAGUUGCACGAUUGCUUAAAAUUAUAUUUUAUAUAUAUAUAUAUAUAUUAUAUAUAUAUAUUUUUAUGCAAAUAUUAAACAUCUUUGAUCUGGUUGUCACACUGCAUUUACAAGUUCAGUACUGUACUUUAUUUAAAUGGAAUCACUUUACAUUGGAACAAUACCUAUUCACUUUCAUUUCCUCUCCCAAAAGACCAGCAUGGGGAAAAUGAAACCUCUGCUGUUGUUUUCACUUCAGUGCCAUCCUUGAAGGUGUUAGAUUUUUGUUGGGCUUUGAAACCCCGAUAACUAAAUGUCACUUGACUCUGAUAUUUUGCUAUUUUUUACUGAGGGGAGAAAAAAAA